AUGCUCAACCGCACCAAUAAGCGACGUAAGCUUCUGAAGGACUUGUUUGGAUCAGACACCGAGGAUGAAGAGGAACAAGAAACCGACUCUCUUGAAGAACUCGAAUUCGAAAGCGAUCAAGAAAAAGGCAAUAAGCCUCGAGUUCGACGCCGGCCCAACAAAGAAAGAAGUCAUAUGCAAGGACACAAGAAGCUCAUGGAAGACUAUUUCAAUGAAAAUUCAACUUACGAUGAUCAGGAUUUUGAGAGACGAUUCCGACUCAGGAGGGAGCUCUUCCUCAAGAUUGCCAGUGACGUGGAGCGCAGCAUAUUGGGCACUUUUUGGGGGCCUGCACUCGUAGUGUUAGCACUCAAUGGAAUUCUGCUCUGUUAA